AUGCAAAGUGUAAUUUUCGUCGCCUGCCUUUUGGCUUCCGCCGCCAUGGGAUCCCCAAUCCUAGACCUCGGGGGUCUCCAGUCAAACCCAAUGGCCUACAACGGAGGUGACGGCAUUCCCUUCAACGGAGGAGGUUACGGCGGCGGCUUCGGCAACGGCGGUCUGAGCUACUCCUCUGACCGCGCCAGCAACGCCGCCUCUCACCAGAUGGACUCGCAGUCCUCCUCCACCCCCUUCGGCUCAUCCAGCAGCUUCAACCAACAGGAUGCCAGCCUAUCAUCCGAAGAACACACUCGGCUCCAAACUCGCGAUGUGGGUCUCUUGGGACUUGGCCAAUCCAACUACGGAAACGGCUUCGGCAACGGAGACGGCUUCGACAACGGCUUCGGCAACAGCGGUCUGAGCUAUUCCUCUGACCGCGCCAGCAACGCCGCCUCUCACCAGAUGGACUCGCAAUCCUCCUCCACCCCCUUCGGCUCAUCCAGCAGCUUCAACCAACAGGAUGCCAGCCAAUCAUCCGAAGAACACACACGGCUCCAAACUCGCGAUGUGGGUCUCUUGGGACUUGGCCAAUCCAACUACCGAAACGACUUCGGUAACGGAGACGGCUUCGACAACGGCUUCGGCAACGGCGGUUUGAGCUACUCCUCUGACCGCGCCAGCGACGCUGCCUCUCACCAGUUGAACUCCCAAUACUCCUCCACCCCCUACGGCUCAUCCAGCAGCCUCAGCCAACAGGAUGCCAGCCAAUCAUCCCGAGAACACACUGUUUUCAACUCGGCCCCCAACAACGUCUUCUACCACUGA